AUGGCCAGCGAAAGCAUCUUCAAUACAGGUACGCCUAGCGGAGACGCAGCCGCCACAGCGGAACAAACCAAAGCACCACCAGCCAUUGUCGAAGAUUCUUGGGUCAACAACUGGGACUUGAACGUCCUUCACUGCGGAUCUUGCGAGAGACCGUUUGUGACUAAAGAACGUCUCUCGGACCACAUGCGUGUCUGGCAUUCUGCCGGCUCACCGUCGCUACCGCCGUACGAGAAGCCUGCAUCGAGUUUUACGGAUGUCGUCAACACCCCGAGCGUAACCAUCGUCAACGGUGGAGACUUAUUCAUCGAGACUACGGUUUCGGACGAUUAUCGAUCUCCUGAUGGCCCCGUACCCCCGGCCAAUGUUCGUUUCCUGGUAUCCUCAUCGGUUCUCUGGGCGGCCUCGCGAGUCUUCAACUGCAUGUUCGGCCCCGAUUCUCCCUACCAAGAAAGGAUCGAUCUACGGCAGUCAUGGAUCACGGGACUUGGAGGUCCGUCAGUAGUGGAGCUUGACGACGAUCGCGAUGGCCUCCAAUACGUUUUUAAUGCUUUGCAUUACCGACAUGGGCUAUUUCGACAUCCCAGUGUGCUGCUGAUGGCAGCCGUAUCAGCCAUUACUGAAAAGUAUGAACUGCACACUGCAAUGCAGCUCAUCGCCGACGAGCAUUUCCGGCCACUGGUAUAA